ACCAAAAUAGUCUCUGAAAACAACAGAGAAGGUCCUUGUCCUCAUCAAAACCUAAUUCCUUCCACGUUAAUUCACAUAAUUAACACAGAGAAACCCUAACGAGGUCUUAACAAUGGAGGAGGAGGGUUAUGGUGGUAAUGUGCCGCUGGGUUCUUACAAAAAUCCGCUGCUGGGUUCUAAUGGUAUGCCGCUGGGUUUUCGGUUUCAUCCGACCGAUCAGGAAUUGAUCAGUUUCUUCCUCUACAACAGAUUCCUCCACAGAGAGUCCUUAAUGGCGGACUGCAACAACUUUAAUCUUAUCCACGAGUUCGACCUCUUCGCCAAGACUCCACCGUGGGUGGUUUGGGAGAAUUUCGGCGGACCGGGACUUGAAGAUCAAGAUUUGUACUUCUUCUGCCAACUCAAGACUCGAAGCCAGGCGCGCAUCAAACGUGAAAUUGACGCCGGUGGUACGUGGAGCGAAUCCAAUUCAAAGCCGGUUAAGGAUUUGCAGAAUUUAAAAGCUCUGGGGAAAAAGAGGAAUUUGCGGUAUGAGAAGGAAGGGUGUGAGCAUGACGGUGACUGGCUCUUGGAAGAGUACAGCAUUCUUCCUAGUGUAGUUGCUGGCGCUGAUGACUCCGAUCACGAAAUUGGAAAGGUGGUUCUCUGCCGACUUAAAAAGAAUUCUAGAAGCGGAAACAAGAAGAAUUGUUCGAACUCAACCCAACAAGUGAACGAGCAGCCGGCAAAAAAGAGAGCAAGAAAAGAAGUCAAGGAGAAGCCGGCAAAAAAGAAGGCAAGAAAUGAAGUCAAGCAGAGACCGGCGAAAAAGAAGGCAAGAAACGAAGUGGGAUCACAAAAUACUACUAGUGUGAUCACCCAUACUGUUGAGGAACUACAAAACUGCCCUAGUACUAGCAGUGCUCCUGUCGUGCCCUUCGAUGAAACCAAUUACAAGAUGAUUAGUGACGCUAUUAAUCAUGAUCAGCAGUGCAUAAGCAACAUUGACGGUAGUACAAUGCCCACAAAUUUUUCUGAUCAUGAUUAUGUGCCGGUAAGCUUUGCCAGCGAAUGUGGUGAGUUUCUUUUGAAGGAUGAAGACUUUCUUUUGAAGAACGGUGAAGAUAUGUUUUUUGACCUCGAGGAUUUGUUGCCACCAUUGGACUGUGGAUCUGCAUGGUCACUAGAGAAGCUGCCUCAAAUUGACGGAACUCAAGAGCCUUUGCCGUUGGAUGGGAUGAGUUGUUGGAACGACUGUUUGUGGAUGGGCAAUUGUGUUCAAUGAUCAGUAGAUCGGAGACGUAUAGGUGACUACGGCUGUCUGAUUUCGACGGCGAGAGAUUGUAAUUUCUGUUUUAGUUUAUAUAUAAGAUUUUUCUUUGAUCUCUUGUUGUUAUUGAGUUACUUCCUGAUCAACGUGUAAUUGUUUACUCAGAAUGUAUGGACUCACAAGUUGGUUUUUAACAUGAAUUGAAACUAUGGAAAAGCACAGAAACACAUUGGCAUAACAAUGAAAGAAUCCGUGGCGCUAAAUAUUCCGUCGGAGCCAAUGAAAGAUCGAUCACAUAUUUGUUCGGAAAAUUUAAUCACACAAAUCUAGAACCAGUUCAGAUCCAAAGGACAAAUACGAGAUUGUAUAAUUAUCAAGAGCCAAAAAAAAGAGCAAAAUGAAAUCAUUGUAUUCCUUACAGCAUUCAAAAACGUCCCAGUAAUACGACCACCAAGUCGCUUGAGACAAUCCAUGUUGUUGCACCAUGGUACCUCUGUUCCUGCAGCAUUCAAAGAUAUCCGGACACAUCAGUCGUUGCACCAUGUAGUUGCUAAUGUCCUUUGAGGGUUGCUUGGAAUUGAAGUUUCAAAUCUACCUUCCAUGGGCUUUAUUAAGUCAACUCAUCCUAAUCUGAACACCGUCUUAUUGUUAAUCUAACAAUGCAGAACAGUCCCAUCAUCAUCGUGAUCUGCAUUGUUGUCGAAUCCAUCUGACCCAAAGCAAUCCCAAUUUAAGACGCGUAAACACCACAUCUUACGCCUGUAUUUCCAAUCACUGCUAGUUAGCAGUCACAACCUACUCUACUAUCUACAGAUAUCUGCCCAGCAUUGUGAUAAUCAUUGAUUCGUCCAUAAUCCC